AUGGUUUACAAUUUGAAAGCCAUUUUAGAAAAAUACCCACGUGAGAAAAAUGAAAAUACUAAAUUGGCGGUUUUAACCAGCGGAGGUGAUUCACAAGGUAACAUAUAUAUUAUAUUAUACUUUAUACCCUGUUAAAAAAACUGUAUGACGUUUAUCUAAUAAAAAUUUAAAAAAAAUAUAUUAAGAUAAUAGCAAAGACAGAUUCAAGGGAGGAAGGCGCGAUGGGGACGAUCUCCUUCGCCCUCUCGCUCCCUAAUACACUCUUAGCUUGAUUUUCAUUAUAAAUGUGUGUCUUAUACAAAUUUUAAAAAUGACUACCCUCGGUAAUACAGAAUAAAAUAUUUUAAUAUAUUCAGUUUUAAAAUUUAACAUUUGUAUACUAUUCCAGAAAUAUGUACGUAUACCACUUAUAUAAAUAAAUAUAUUAUAGUUGAAUAAUUAGAUGUUCUUUUAUUAGGAAUGAAUGCUUCCAUAAGAGCUGUUGUUAGAAUAGCAAUUCAACUCGGUAUGACCGUUUACUUGGUUAAAGAAGGAUACUAUGGACUUAUCGUAGGUGAAAAUUAUAUAGUUAAAGCUAAUUGGCAUGAUGUAUCUUCCAUUCUAAGUGUGGUAAAUUAUAUUCUUUCUAUAAACUAAUUUUACAGUUAAGUAUAUAAUUAGAUAAAUAAAAUGCAUUACAAAAUCAUUUGAGCAUAGGGCGGGACAAUCAUUGGAACCAAGAGAUGUAUGGAGUUCAUGACUAGAGAAGGAAGACUGAAAGCGACCAAAAAUAUGGUAACACUUGGUAUCUCAAACUUGGUGGUCAUUGGUGGUGACGGGUCUCUAACGGGAGCUAACCUUUUUCGCGAGGAAUGGCAAAGCUAUAUUGAUGAACUCUUGAAAAAAGGUACAUAAUAGUGUUUACUAUAUCUACCUAUUUUUCUUGUAAUUCCGGAAUUAAAAUAGUAUAGUAAAAUCUAUGCAUCUCUUAGGGGAAAUAAACCAAGCGAAUAUAAAAACAGUGAAUCAUUUAAACUUGGUUGGUAUUGUGGGAUCAAUCGAUAAUGAUUUCAGUGGCACAGACAUGACAGUUGGAGCAGACUCAGCUCUACACCGUAUACUCGAAGCAAUCGAUUCGAUUGUAAGCACAGCGUCUUCUCACCAAAGAACCUUUAUAAUGGAAAUAAUGGGCCGAAAUUGCGGGUAAACAUUUUUUAAAUAAACACUUAAUAUAGUAUGUACGAUUUAUGUACACAAAAUGCAAAACCAUGUUUAUAUUAAAUCAAUAAUAAUUAAUUGUCUUAUAAUUUAUGUUAUUUUAUAUUUAUUUUCUAGAUAUUUAGCUAUAAAAAGUGCCUUAAUGUGCGAAGCUGAUUACUUGUUUAUCAGAGAAUGGCCACAGAAAUCGAAUUGGCCAGAACAAUUAUGUGAAAAUGUAUUGAGGGUACGUAACUGUCAUUUGUAUAAAAUAUUAUUUGAUGAUCCUGUUUAAUCAAAGACCGUAUUUUAAAUUAAAAAUAAUUAAAAUUUUCGAAAAUUGAUUAUAUUCUCGGUUUAAAACGGUUUCCGUUUAAUUUCAAAAUAGGCCACCUAAAAUACAAAACUAUAUUUCAAAAAAUAACGUUAAAAUGUUAACAAUCUGUCCCCAAUAACGUAGAUAAUAGUUAUAUUAUAUAAACAAAAAAUUAUCAUUUUUCCGUAAUAUUUUUCUAACGGAUAUAUAAUCGACUGUAUUAAUAAUGGAAAGCAACAAUAAUGAAAACAUUUGAAUUUAUUCAUAAGAAAUCAAUAUAACCUACCAAACAAUCAUAAGGAGUAUAGUAUAGGCAAUUUAAAUGACAUUCCUGAAAUUAUGAACAUUGCCACACUCAAAGAUAUUUUGUAAUCAUAACAUUUAUCAGUUAUUUAAACUCUUUUCGAGAUUAACAGAUUAUCGAUACGAGGUUUUUACGUUAAACACACUCACGGUGUGUAUAAUAUAUUAAGCCAUUUUGGUUAGAUGGUGUUAUAAUAUUAUAAUGUAUCAUAUAUUUUUCAGGCAAGAAAAUAUGGUAAACGGCUUAAUAUAAUAAUUGUUUCUGAAGGGGCGGUCAGCGACAACGGUGAAGUUAUUUCAUCGGAAAUGGUUAAAAAAGUUUUAGUGGACCAAUUACAACAGGAUGCUAGAAUCACGGUUCUAGGGCACGUGCAGAGAGGUGGUUCUCCUUCGGCUUUUGACAGAGUUUUGGUAAAUCGAAUAUUAUAGAUCAACUCUUUUAUGAGUUUUUGUCGAAUUUUCCCUGAAAAUGGAGACUAUUGAACUGUUAUAAUAUUUAUUUUUCCCGGUACUUUUGAAAAUUUCUAGUGACUCCCUCUGGACCAAAUGACUUAUGAACUCAAAUUCUGGAGUCGUUUUGUUGGCAAAUUGAAGUCAUAAAUGUGGGAUUAAAUUUGAGUGAAUAUAAAUUUAACCGUAUUGAUGUGGAUGAAGAGUAUUUUUUAGCUUCAUACACCUCUACAGACUCCCCAAAUGAAAGCAGAAAAAUGCCAUUUUGUACAUGCAUAGAAUUUAUAUCAAGGAUGUACCUUCUAUAGGCCUCUAGGGGUUUCAACUUAAAUUUAAUAAAAUAAGUGGGGAAAAUUCGACUCUAGUAAACAGAGCAUUACUGCUUGCGGGUAAUAUAAUCUAAUGGUAUACUAUCGAUACUAUUAUAUUAGGCUUCACGCAUGGGUGCUCAUGCUGUGUUAUCGUUGUUAGAAGCCACACACGAAUCCGAACCAAAAGUCGUGUGUUUAAAGGCUAAUGUAAUUGUUACUUCGUCGUUAGUGGAAUGCGUUAAAAAUACGUCUGAAGUUGCAGAAGCAAUUAGUAAAAAAGAUUUCGAUAGAGCAUUGAAACUCCGAGGCCCGUACGUACAUACAUAAUAUUAUUAUAAUACAUUAUAGUUUACUGUGAUUAUAUGAGGUGUAUAAAUAAGUUAUUAAGAAGUUGUGGGUUGUAGGACAUACAAUGUAUUUUUAUAAUACUGAAGUAUUAUAAUAUACAAUUUUAAAUUAUUUUUAUGUUAAUUCAUACAAAUUUAAUUAUUACGAUUAUAAUAUAUUACACAUAUUAUUAUUAUUAUAUACAUUGACUUGUGUUGUAUAUUUUUGUGAUGAGUUGGGUAUUCUUCAAGUAUUAAAUUAUAAUAAUAUUAAAUUUGGUUAUAUAUUAUUGAUACUUCUACAUGUACAUAUAGCAUGGCAAAAUUAAAUAAUAGUUCUUAAUCCAAAAAAUAAUCUUUAUAGUUUGUAUUUAUAGCACUUUAUAGUUUAGUGGCAUCUAUUUUAGCCACCACCAUCUACAUGACUAGAUUUUGAUGUUCUUCUAAUGUUCAUUGAACAAAAAUGUUAAAAAUAAGUAGUAAAAUGAUAAAAGCAUGCUUAAUAAAUGCUAUCCUGAAAAAAAUAUUUCUGCCUAUUUGUAGUAGUUUUACAAGUGGCUUCCAUACAUGCUGCCAUAGUCUAGAUAAUUUCCGAACCAUUCAAAUAAUUCUGUACAUCUACUGUAUGAAGAAAAGUGACCUCCAUAUACACCACUAUCACAUAAGUAUAUAAUUUUGGUUUUAAAAUUUUAACGCACCUUUUGAAUACUGAUUGGAAUAGAGAAUAUUUUCUAGACAUUUGUAUGUGCAUAACACUAAUAUCAGAUUUACCGUUUAUGAGUUAUGAUCGUUUAACGUUUAAACCCCGGAAGAGCAGGGAAGAGUUAUCAAUUAAUCAUUUAAAAAGCUGUCCUAGGAUAAUGGGAACAGGUACAGCCACUGUUAUGGGUAACUUAAUGUAUACCUGUAAGCAAUGAUAAACCGUUGCUAACGAAAAAACGAUUCUAAAUUAGAAUAGUUCUUCUUCUACUAGUAGAAAAAUUGUUCACAAAUAAAAAAAAUAUAAACACCCUAUUGUAAAACUAUAAACUUCUUUGCUCUGCUCAGAAUCUAAAAAAAUUAUGUAAUUUAUUACCCUUCCAUUCUCUUCCGGUCUAAAUAUUAACGAUUGUAAACUUAUAACUCAUAAAAGUGAAUUUGAUAUUAAUAUUGUGUAUAUUAAAAUGUUUAAAACUAUAUUCUCUAUUUGAAUCUGUGUUUAGAAAGGUGAGUUUAUAUUUGAAAAAUAAAAAUUUAUACUUAUUUUAGGUGUAUGGAAUAGGGAUGAAAUAUUAAACACCGUUUUAAAAUAAAGCUUAACUGAUUUCACAAUGAUUAAAGAAAAAAAAAAAAAAACAGAAAUCAAAUUCACUUAAAAUUACAGAUUCAUGAUUAAAAAAAAAUCAACUAUACAAUAAAUAACCACUUCAAAUAAAUAACUUAAUCUAUUUCAUUUAACUUUAUCCAUUUUCAGUAAUUUCUUGCAAAAUCUAGAAACAUACAAACACAUGAUGAACAAAGAGAUUAUUUCAAAUAUAGACGUUUGUAUUUAUGUUUGUUAUACGUAUGUACAUUAAGUUGUACUAAAAAUCAUCGUAUAUUAUAGGGUAAAAUAACUUUAAUAUUGAAUAUCGGAGGUUCAAGUAAUGGUAUUAACGCAUUGACAUAUUCCAUUGUCAGGGCAACCAUAGCAUCUAACAAUCGGGUUCUUGCCGCAAAAUUUGGAAUUGAAGGAUUUAUACAAGGCGAAGUAAAAUUUUAGUGACUAAUUAUUUUUUUAAAAAAGGCAAUACACUAAGUACUAAAAUUACUUAGAGUUAUUUACAAAUAUCUGUACAAACAUUUUUUUUUCGGAAUAUAGGUAAUUGAACUCUUCUGGGCCAAUGUUAUUGGUUGGCUAAAUAAAGGAGGUGUCAAAUUGGGUAUAACAAGAACAAUUCCGGAUACACAAAUGUUAGAGCAAAUGGCCCAGCAAAUGAAAAACUUAAAUAUCAAUGCAUGCGUAAUAUCUGGAGGAUUAGAAGUAAUUCUUACAUAUUAAUAGUAGACAUUUGUCUAAAUCGAGCAUUAAACUCUUACGGUUUAAUUUUUAUAUGACAAUGAGUGCUAAUCAUAUAAACAGGCCCUGAAGACCGGCAUAAUAAUGAAUGAUUUUCGGAAAAAAUAUGAAGAAUUUUGUAUACCGAUUAUUGUGGUUCCGGUAACGUAUAGUAACAACGUUCCAGGAACAGAUUUUUCAUUAGGAGCAGAUACGGCUCUUAAUCAAGUAGUAAAGGUAACGAUUAAUAAUUAUUUUUCAUGCUAAAAACUAGACUAAUACUAAUACUAAUCGUUAAAAUUGCAGUAGUUUCAUUUCAGUUUUAUGUUUAAAUUUCUAAAUUUAUAUUUGAACAUAAAAUGAAACUUCUAUUUAAAACUGUUAAUUUCAACUAAGUUCUGAUGGAAAAUUAAAUUAAAGUUGUGUACCUAUUUAUAUUCUAUUAUACCUAGAUACAUCGGUAAUAGUAGGUAAUAUACGAAAGGCACAGGCCUCAAGGAGCCUCAAUAUUUACAUUGAUGGUACUGGGGUAACGCAGCUGCCGCAAGAUAAUAUAAGUAGGUAGUAAUCCAUUUUUGAAAAUUGUUCAGCUGAACCAAACUCAUCUACAACUGCAUAAACUAGGUACAUCAUUGUUGAAACAAUACAUCCAAUAGUUUAUUUUUAAUAUUAUCCAAUUUAAGCUUUUUGUUUCACUGAAUAGUACUCAACAAUCAAUAAUAAUUAUUUCAAAUAGCGCCAUCGAAUUGUAGUAUGUUAUCUCAAAAUUGAAAAAAUGAACCUAAAACUAUUCUAAUUUUCCCGUUAGCCCUUCGUAUAUUAUUAUAUUUUCGUUGAUAAAAAAAAAGAAAUGAUCGCUUUAUGUUUAAUUUCAUUUAAUUACAUAGAGACAAGAAAUAAAAUGAUUUAUAAAAAUUGAAAAAAAUUAUAUUUAAUUUUUUUUUUCUUAUAGCUAUGCGAUAUUAUAAGACAAUCAGCGGAAGGUCAUCGUCCACGAGUAUUUGUAGUUGAAAUAUUAGGUGGCCUCUGUGGAUAUUUAACAUCUAUGACAGGUAAUUUAGUGACUAAUUUAUUAUUAAGGAUUAUUAUAAUAUUUACUCGUAUUCAGGCUAUAGAGCACUAAUAACUAAUAUUCUAUGAGUAAUACUAUUUUAAGAAAAAAUAAAAUUUAAUUGUUUUACAUUAUUUAUUAAAAUUGAAAGCUUUGGCGUGCGGUGCAGAUGCAUCGUAUAUUCACGAGGAAGAGUUUAAUUUCAUCGAUUUAAUGGAAUGUCUCUAUAGAAUGGCUGAAAAAUUUGAGACUAAACAAAUUACCAGAGGACUUGUAUUAAGGUCAAAAUAUUUGAAUAAUUUAUUUAUAAUAUAUUUAUUUUUUGUGCUACCAAUUAAAAUUAUACAAGUAUUUUAUAUUAUACACAUUUUUAAUUUUUGAUUAAAUAAUGUAUAAAUUAUAGUUUAAAAUGAAAACAUUCUGUAUAGACAACAAUCAAAUUUGCAAUGUACAUUUUUAACAAAUUUAGAAACUAAACAAUUAAGUUUAUUUUGUAUUUCUAGAUCUGAAAAAGCAAAUGAAAAUUAUACAACUGGUUUUAUAAAAAAAUUAUUUACUGAAGAAGGUAAAGAUUUAUUUACUACAAGAGCAUCUAUUUUAGGUAUGUACUCGUAUUUAUAAAAUAGUACCUAAUUAAGUUAUAUCAUUUUAAAAAAAAAUUUUACCUACAUUAAAACUAAAGUAAUUAUUAAAACUAUAAAAAGAUUUAUAAAUAAUAAUAAUAAUUAAUAGAUAACUAUUUAACUAUUUAAAUAUAUUAUUUGAUUGAAGUAAUUUGUAUAAUAUUACGAACAUAGGUAGUAUUGCAACUGGAGGAGUUCCUAGUCCAUUUGAUAGAUCGUUUGCUUUAAAAGAAGGACAAAUGGCAGUAGAAUGGAUACAAAAUAUUCAGAAUCAAUGUCCAAGUAUGGUGAAAUCACCAAGUUCAGCUGUACUUUUGGGUUUAAUUAAAAAUGAUUACAAAUUCACAAACCUAGAAGAUCUCAAACCACUUGAAAAUGAAACGUACGUAUCUAUCAACAGUGGCGCAACCAGGAUUUAUUUUCGGGGGGAGAUUUAUAAAUUUGAAAAAAUUAAACUUCUGAUGGUGUUUGGCGGGGUGUAAGAUUAAGUUAGGUGGUGAGUAAAAUCUUUAAAUUGUCUAACUUUCAUUCAUAGACAGCACAUAAUGGAAACAAAUUUAGAUUCAUAUUAA